ACUGGAACUAAUCUUAAUCGUAACACUUAUUAAAAAUGAUAUCGGGCUGUAAGUAUUAUUUUAAGUUUUGUACAUGUUACGAUUUUUAGUCAAAACAGGUUACUUAUGUGUAUCGCAGCGUGGCUAACUUGAUUUUGCGUCUUUAUUAGAUGUCAAUAUAUUUUGCACAAUUAAUAAAUAUUUGAUAAAACAAAUGGAGGACUUAUUGCAAUCCCAAAUACGAGAGAGCUGCAGGCUCGCCCUACCCGAAGGACUGAAGGACUUGAUGGCUGAUAUUUCUCGAGAAGUGCUACGCGCUCAACCUGAAAACCUCUACCAAUUCAUCGCCGACUAUCUUUCCUCACUGCUAGUUGCGCGUGAGCACCUGUUCAUUGCGGCGCGCGUAUGCGACGACGUCUGCACGAACACUUGCUGCGCGGACUUGGAAGACGAACUGCGCACGUUGUUGCUGAGUGAAGAAGAUGUUCAGAGCAGUUUGAAAAUUAUCUCAGGAUACUUUUCAAGUGGUGAAGUGAAAGAGGGCAAUUUGCUACAGAAGUUGGUGCGAGAAACCGGCAUAGACCCAAAUGCUCUUCCCGCUGUUCAGGAUGCAGUGCGGCGUGCUUUUAUGCGCCACCAACUCAACAAAUGCACUCAAGUCGAGACAUCGUCGACAGACAGUGAGUUGGAUGAGAUAUCACUAGCAGCAAAACACACGCUUAAAAUAUACAAGAAAGUCACUGAAAGUCCAGACAUUAACUACGAUUGCGUGGCUUCCAAAAUACAGGCAGCAUAUCGUGCAUAUAACGUUCGGCGUUUACGCAAGGCUGGCUACCAGCCGAACUCCAAAAAGAAGGAAGACACGAAGGAAGAAAUAGCCGAGAAAGUUCGAUUUCAAGUCAAGGGUGAGGAUGGAAAACCUCGUGAGUCGGAGCAGCUUGUGGCAGAUUUCGUUCAUCCAAAGAGAUGUGCAAGCAAAUGCUCAUCUAUGUCCCUGGCUGGUUCGUUCCUCUCACUCCCCCUAUACAAGCCGUAUUCCAUCGGGCAGCCUUCGGACAUCGCAGAGGUCGACGAGGUCUGCGAGAAAGAGACAGAAAAUGCCAAUUUCGACUAUAUCACGAACGAACUCGGCAAUCCAAAUAAGAUCCAGUCGUGUGAACACGAAAACAACAAAGUCAAAAAGGAACUCGAGAGCAACAAAGAAAAAAGAGAAUUUGAAAAUAACAAAGGCAAGAAGACAAUCAGUUUCCACAGUUUGCCUCGCGUAGUGGAGCUUGAUGAUAAUGAAGUAUCAGAUGAAGCGGAGGAAGCAGAUUAUGACUCUGAAGACGCUGAAGAUAUGCUUGACGAACAACUUGCUGAUGAAGAUUAUAUUGAAGAUAUAUGUCAAGAGUUACCGAAUGAUAACGAUAAUGGUUCAACACUUGAGAACACAGCUGUAAGUGAAUUAAAGGGAAAUGAAACGGAGUCAAGCGAGAGCUUCGAAGAUGACGUAGACGAGGUUCAGCUGGAUGAGAUAGAUAAAAAUCUUGAAAAUUUGAAUGAUUAUGAUGAAAUUGCAUCGACAACAGGAGAUAAUUUUAGAAGAGUAAAUGACAAUACAGACGCCAAAAAUUCUAAAAUGCCAAAAGACAUGACUGGAGUUACUGAUACCCUUCCAGAUGAUGUUGCAGUAACCGAAGAAUUAGCUGAAGAAGAUUAUGAGAACUUCUUAGUAUAAAAUAAUAUUUAAAUUCAAUAUAAUAAUAAAAAUGUAGAAUCUACGAUCAUAUUAUUUAGCUUAUGUUAUGUCACUCCGCUUUAACGUUUACGUGUGAGGUAAGAAAAGUAAAAAUGUUAUGUUAUCCUUUAUACUUUUAUUAUUUACGUUCUUUAUAAAAACAGCUGUUACAACUAAUGAAGGACAGUAUAAUAAAUGAUAUUUUUUUAUGUUUUUGGUCA